CCGCCGCGAAUCUUCGACCGGACGCCGAAAACUCAUUACUCUCUUCCCAUCUCUACAACCCCGAAGUUUACACCCAAGUGUUACCCCAACAAGGUACGGGAGAGGGAAAUAAGCCGACGAAGCGGCGGAGGAGGAGGAGCAAAGCGAAGGAGGGAGGCGGGGGGGGCGGGGUCGUUGAAGAAGAGGAAGCUGAGUUCAGAGCAAGUGAAGCUUUUGGAGAUGAAUUUUGGGAAUGAACAUAAAUUGGAAUCGGAGAGGAAAGAUCGGUUGGCUUCUGAAUUGGGACUUGAUCCACGGCAGGUGGCGGUUUGGUUUCAGAACCGCCGUGCACGGUGGAAGAAUAAGAAGCUGGAAGAGGAAUAUUCCACUCUUAAAAAAGCUCAUGAUUCUGUUCUUCUACAAAAAUCCCAUCUUGAAUCUGAGUUGGUGAAAGUGAAAGAGCAAUUGAAAGAAGCAAAGAACGAGAUACGAAAAAUGGUAGAAGGAAGUGAGGUGAGAAAUAAUUCAAGCAAUAGCCCAAGCUCUUCAGUGACAAUGGAAGCAGUUGAGGAAGCAGCAGUAGUUCCUUUGGGAGAGCUUUUCUUUGAAGAAUAUGAAGAUGUAUUCUAUUGCAUGCAAGACAACAAUUACAAUCAAGGAUUGGACUGGGCGCUUAAUCUUAAUUUUAUGUAGAUUAGUUAUUUUUAUUAUAUCUAACUAUUAAUCACUCUCUUUUAAUUUAGUUUGUAGAUAUAGAACUCUCAUAGAUUAUAUCAGAUCUCUAGCUAAUUAUAUGUACAUUUCUCUCCCUCUCUCUCUCUCUCUCUCUCUCUCUCUCUCUAACUAGUGUUAUUUUCCAGAACUUGGAAUUAAUUAAUUGUGUUAUUAUGUCUCUUUUUGGUCUCA